ACGUUUACAGUCAUUGACAGCUGAUUAACCUCUCUCUGUCUCUGUCAAUUUAUCAAUCAGUAAUUGUCACGUAAUAACAUACGGAACGAUAGAAAAUUCUUUUUUACUGACACAUCGAAAAGAGAUGACGAGGGUUAAUUUGUUGGAAGCUAGUUGAAGUCGUGAAAUAUAAUUUUUCGCAUACCAAUGACUGUAUGUUUGGAGCACAUCAAGAAAACUACCGUAAGGUCGAGUAACGUUAACUGAUUCCGGGUACAGACAUGAUUAAGGCAAUCUUAGUUUUUAACAACCAUGGGAAACCUCGUCUUUCCAAGUUUUAUCAGUACUUUAACGAGGAUAUGCAACAGCAGAUAAUAAAAGAGACAUUUCAGCUCGUUUCAAAGAGAGACGACAACGUGUGUAAUUUUUUGGAAGGUGGUAGUCUAAUCGGUGGAUCUGACUAUAAACUGAUCUAUCGGCACUAUGCUACGCUUUAUUUUGUAUUCUGUGUUGAUAGUUCAGAGUCAGAGCUAGGAAUCUUAGACUUGAUACAGGUCUUUGUUGAGACCUUGGACAAAUGUUUCGAGAAUGUGUGCGAACUAGAUCUCAUUUUCCAUGUGGACAAAGUUCAUUAUAUACUCAAUGAACUGGUGAUGGGUGGUAUGGUUCUUGAAACCAACAUGACUGAAAUUCUCACGAGAAUUGAGGAUCAGAAUAAAUUAGAAAAGCAAGAGGCGGGAAUCGCAGCAGCGCCCGCGCGUGCUGUCUCGGCCGUGAAGAACAUGAAUAUACCGCAGCAAAUAAAGGAUAUGAAGCUGCCUGACUUGCCGCAAGCCAUAAAAGAUCUCAAAUUCUGACCAGCCGUCACCUCGUUGGCACCCAGCUGACUGGUCUCUUCUGUCAUCCCGAACGUAACCGACACAACUACCACGCCGAGGACACUUUUUCCUUCCCUGCAAGCAAGCGAGAAUGCACCAAUGCUGCCUGCUACCUCUGCAUAUAUCCCAUCUCAACGAUAUCAGAGUUAAAGACUACGGAUGCGAACCAUUGUCUGAUCGUUAUCUCUUUUGGACUACGGUUUUACCGACAGAAAAUACGAACUGGUGAGACAACCAGCGCGUCGAGUUUCGAGAGUUUCUAAAAGAAAAAGAAAAUUGGUUAAUAUAAGAAUUGUUCUUUAGAUUUUUAUACGUACGCUAAGUAGUAUAUUAAAAUGAUAUCAGGUCCGUGAAUUCUCAGCUAUGGUAUUGUCAAUUUUCGAUUGUCCAAAGUAACUUAGCUCCGCAUUCCAAUACACAAGAGAGAUAAACAUGUCCAGUUAUUCACCAGAAAUACAAAGCAUUAAUGUUAUCUUGUAACAAAUAUAUAUUUAAUGAACAAAAUA